AUGAAUACUGAUUCCAGUUUAUCACCAACAAAUAAAGAUUCCACACUUAUGAAUACAUCUUCAAAUUUGAAUAUGAUGCAAACAGCUACAUCUCAUCAUGAACAAUAUCAAUCAAUUAAUGAUGAUCUUAUUCCAGCAUCUAAUGAUACUUCAUCAUCAGUUAAUAAUAUGAUAUCAUCAUUAACAUUUUCUAAGACAGUUACAAAUUCAACGCAUGAUUGUAUAUAUCCAUGGAGGAGACCAGGUAUUCAUAAAUUAAUUGAGAAAAAUGAUGUACUGAAAAUGCAUAAAUGUAGUCCUUCUUUUUUUCUCCUUACAGGAUUUAAUUUUGAACAUAAACGUAGCCGAACAGGUUAUACACAUCAUCAACUACGUGAAUUAGAAAGAGAAUUUCAUAUUCACAAAUAUGUACCACGUUGGCGACAAAUUGAAAUUGGUCGUAGGCUUGCAUUAACUGAACGACAAAUUCACAUUUGGUUUCAAGGCCGUCGAUGUAAAUGGCAACAUGAUAAAUUUAAAUCACGCAAUAAUCCACAUGUUGAACUCGAAGCAAAGGCAACAAAUCAUGGUCGAAAUCAUCAUUCAUAUGCUAUAUGA